GGGAGGAGAAGGAGGAAGAGGAGGAGGCGCGCUAAAGGACGAAGAGGAGUGAGUAACGAAGGAAAGGAGAGGAGGGAGGGAGGAGAUCGGAUGCAGUAGCGCCGCCACUCCGAGUCCAAACUCUGCGCACGCGAUACACUCAAAGCUCCACGCGCUGCUAGGAAGGAAAGACGCACGCUCGCUCGCUCGCACCCAGACUUUUCAUUUUUUAUUCAUCCUUAGGUAUAUUUUGAAUACAAGAAAGAGGGAUAAGAAGAAGAAGAAGAAGGCGACGAUGCAGUUUCACCCGCGUCCCUUUGUGCGCUGGAGAGCCGCGCAGAUUCUCGCCUCGGUUUGUCUUCUGUCCUUUGGAUUCACCUGCACCGGAGCGGAACACACGGCGACAGUGACGCACCCGCUCCCCGCCACCUUCUCAGACCUGCUGCCCCACUUCCUGGUGGAGCCGGAUGACGUCUACAUCGUGAAGAACAAGCCGGUGACGUUGACCUGCCGAUCGACUCCCGCCACUCAGAUCUACUUCAAGUGUAACGGAGAGUGGGUGCACCAGGACGACCAUUUGAUCGAGCGCACCGUCGAUCCAGCUACAGGUUUCCCAGUGAUGCAGGUGAAGAUUGACAUCUCACGCCAGCAGGUGGAGAAGAUCUUCGGGCUGGAGACUUACUGGUGCCAGUGUGUGGCCUGGAGCACUACAGGAACCCAGAAGAGCCAAAAGGCUUAUGUGCGCCUCGCCUAUCUGAGGAAAAAUUUUGAGGAGGAGCCAUUGGGUAAAGAAGUGGCUCUCAACCAGGAAGUGCUUCUCCACUGCCAUCCUCCAGAGGGCGUCCCCACUGCUGAGGUGGAAUGGCAGAGGAACGACGAGUUGAUCGACCCCAAGGCUGACCCCAAUUUCUUCAUCACAGUGGACCAUAAUCUCAUCAUCAAACAAGCCCGGUUGGCCGACACCGGCAACUACACCUGCGUGGCCAAGAACAUUGUGGCGCGACGCAAAAGCUCCUCAGCCGCUGUGAUUGUCUACGUGAAUGGCGGGUGGUCCACGUGGGCCACGUGGUCGGCGUGCAGCGCCGUGUGCGGCCGCGGCUGGCAGAAGAGGAGUCGGAGCUGCACUAACCCCACCCCCCUGAACGGAGGCUCCGCUUGCGAGGGCCAGAGCGUCCAGACGAGUGCCUGCACGUCCACCUGUCCAGUGGAUGGAGGCUGGAGCGAGUGGAGUAAAUGGUCAGCAUGUGGGGCUGACUGCACCAUGUGGAGGAGUAGGGAGUGCACGCAGCCUGCACCGGGUACCGGUGGUAAAGCGUGCCAGGGUCUCGACCUCCAGUCACUAAACUGUACGAGCGAACAGUGCCCACAGACCGUGUCUGGUGCAGAGGACGUGGCUCUCUACGUGGGAAUCGUUGCCGUGGCGCUGUGUCUCACUCUGCUGCUGGUGGUCCUGGUCCUCGUGUAUCGGAGGAAGAAGGAAGGGCUGGAUGCAGACGUAGCCGACUCAUCCAUACUCACGACCGGCUUCCAGCCUGUGGGCAUCAAACCCGCCAUGCCAGGUGUGUGGGCACCGGACCGGGCACAGCGCUGCAAAAACUCUCACCUGCUCACGAUCCAGCCGGACCUGACCACGCCCGGUUACCAAGGCUCGUUGCGUACGCGUCACGAUCCGACUCCUAAAUUCUCUCUGAGCGACGGGCCACUGCUGGAGCCUCUGGCUAACGGAUCACACACCAUGGCCAACGGCAAAGUGACGGGCGACAGCGGACACCUCACCAGCCGCCUCACCACACAGAGCUACUUCAAGACGCUGCCGCGGGACGCUGUCCACACCUCCUACGGCACCUUCAACUUCCUGGGAGGACGUCUUACCAUCCCCAACACAGGGAUCAGCCUGCUCAUUCCUCCCGAGGCCAUCCCCCGAGGCAAGAUCUAUGAGAUUUACCUCACUGUGCAAAGGAAGGACGAUGUGAGACUACCCCUGGCUGGGUGCCAGACACUGCUGAGUCCGGUGGUGAGCUGCGGGCCGCCGGGCGUCCUGCUGACUCGGCCCGUCAUCAUCAGCGUGGAGCACUGCUCUGAUUCCUGCACCGAUCACUGGGCCAUCAGGCUGAAGAAACAAACCUAUGAGGGAACCUGGGAGGACGUGCUGCUGCUUGGCGAGGAGUUGGUGUCUGAACCGUUUUACUGCCAGCUGGAGGCCGAAACAUGCCGCGUGUUCACCGAGCAGCUUGGACGCUUUGCUUUGGUCGGAGAGUCCCUCAGCAUGGCCGCAGCCAAACGCCUCAAACUGCUGCUGUUUGCCCCGGCCUACUGUUCCACGCUCGAAUACACCAUCCGUGUCUACUGCACUGAUGACACACAUGACCUCAUCCAGGAGGUGAUGCAGAUGGAGGCGCAGCUUGGAGGUCGCCUCAUUGACGAGCCACAUGUUCUCCUGUUUAAAGACAGCUACCAUAACCUGCGUCUCUCCAUCCAUGACCUCCCACAGGCCCAGUGGAGGAGCAAGCUGCUCACUGCCUACCAGGAGAUCCCGUUCUAUCACAUCUGGAGCGGCACACAGCGGAGUUUGCACUGCGCCUUCACGCUGGAGCGGAUGAGUGUGAGCACGUGCGAGCUCUCCUGCACGCUGUGUGUGUGGCAGGUGGAGGGUGAAGGCCAGAGCUUCAGCCUCGACUUCAACAUCUCCAAGGACACCAGACCACUGGAUGCUGAGCUCCUGCUGGUGGAUAAGAGCAGCCCUGCUCUGGCCGGCCCUAGCGCCUUUCAGAUCCCCUACCUCAUCCGGCAGAAGAUCUGCAGCAGUCUGGAUGCGUCAUGCCCCAACGGAGCCGACUGGAGACUCCUCGCCCAGAGACUCAAACUCGACAGACACAUGAGCUUCUUCGCGUCCAAAGCGAGUCCCACGUCUACGAUCCUGGACCUCUGGGAAGCUCAGCACUUCCACAGUGGCAACCUGAACCAGCUCGCCGCCAUCAUGGCCGAGAUCGGCAAACAGGAGGCCAUGAUAUUCCUGGUGUCCGACGGGGAGUGCUAACACAUCCACACACACACAGAGAGAAUCAGAGCCAGGAAUAAAGGCCUCUAAAUGCUGGGGGUCGAUAAGGUUUAAUAAUAGAAGGACUAAUCUAACAGGG